AUGGCGAUAGUACGGAGCAGCUCCAAAGAUAUAGAGAAGCAAAUGAAGCCGAAGACCGAAACGGGCUUACAAAAGUCACCAGCCAAGUCGCCUGUGAAGAGAGGGAGGAAGACGACGCCAACGCCUCCUCCAACGACCAGAGGGUCUCGAUCGCAGUCAAAAGCUCGCCGCCCGAGUGUCCGGAUCACGGACUCGAGAAAUGAUGAAGACAUCCCUGGAAAUAGCAAGUCGGCGCGAAAGGACAAGAGUCCCCUUCAACCACUCUCAGUAAACAUCUCCUCAGAUGAUCUUGUAGAGACUCCAGUACCUGCCAACAAACUGCCUCGCAACUACUGGCUCGCGAACAGCGAAAAACUUUCGCCUCCGUGGAUAUCUUGCUCGGAGUUUGUACGACCAGUGAUGGUAGAAUUCAUUAUGCGCAGUAAGAAGCGUCUUGCUCUUGGUGUCAAGUGGGAGAAGGGCGACAAGAUCACAAACAUGGAGGGUGCCAUGCAUACCUUUGUGACCUCUAUCGAGUUGGCCUGGCUACACGGCGAGCGAGGCUAUGACUACGGACACACCUUCACACCUUACCAACCAAUUGGCAAAUUCAGAAGUGGCCGGCAAGUCUUAGUGAGUAACCUGGUUCAUCAAGACUUCGAAACCGACGAGGUGAUGCUGAAGCUCUCAUCUCUGGCAAACGCAAAGACAACACUUGUCGAAAACUUCGACAUUCCAACAACCAAAGAGAAGCAGUCUGAUGAGAUUCGGGAGAAGUAUGAUGAUGCGUUGCGUUGUCUGAUGGUUCAUUACUUGACACUGGACGGAGAACUUCCAAGCAUCGAAGAUGGCAGCACGACCGCCAUGUCGCGUGCCCAAGCCAAGUCCUUUCUUACUGGCAGCGUACUCAAAGUCGCCUGUAGCGAUAUUCUGAAAAGUGUCAGCAGUAAGUGGUUCUGGAUAUCUGCCACCAAGCCUAAAAGCAAGACGGGCAGUCCGCUGCUGUCGCUUGAAGUUCUAGUCACCACUGCUUACCACCAGUUUCGUAACGAGAUGAAUGCUCUGGAGAGAAUUUGUCCUCAAGGCUACGUGUAUACUUUCUCGGCGCCGAAAAUCUUCAUUGAAGAGUUUGGUGAUGAAGACGGUCUAAUGGCAUGCAUAUAUGCUGCUGGUCUCAAACACUAUCUCCAGACCACAAAGAUCAAGAACAUGAAAGUCUUCCAGCUGCCGGAAGUACCAGGAGAAUGGGUACAGUGGAUGCGAACGGCACUGGCGGAAGCACCAGGCGUGCGGGUGAUGACCAAGACAGAGCUGUACAGCAACGAAAGUACCUCUGGCGACAGCUACAACCCACCAAAUGCAGGCACCGUACUUGUGUUGCACAACUGCUCAGAUGGAUUUGGACAGAACAUUCAAUACGAAGUGGGUGCUGGGAGCCUUGAUGCAAUUAUCGGACGGUUCACGAGUGCGGCAGGAAGCCUACUUAACAGUCGAGAGGACCUUGUAAGCAUGGUUGCAAUGCAUGCCGAGUGA